UCCUGUCUCUUCUCCUCCAUUUGGACAUUAUUACCCUCCACCCUUCUUACUUAUUACCCUUAUAUGCUUUGGUUCCUCAUCAUUUCUCAAAUUCAUUUGAUUUGGGAGAGCUGGUUUUUGUGAUGGGUAGUGCUUCUGCUGGGUGCCCAUUUGGAGUUUCUUCUCGUUGCUAUGGAAAGAUUGGAGCUUUCUCUCAUAAGGUGCAGUUGUUUGGUGCUUGUUUUCCACUUCAUGUGGAAUUUCCAAGAACCAACUUGUACCCAAGUUCUGCUUCUUCCUUCAUGUCAUCAAAGGAAACAGUCACUCAAAUAUGUUCUCUACCUGAUAGUGGUGAAUUCUUCCCGGAGGAAGCCUCAACACCCAUUCUCGAUUUAGUUGAAAAUCCUAUGCACCUGAAGAACUUGUCCCUUAAAGAACUGAAGCAAUUAUCUGAUGAAAUCCGUUUAGAGUUAUCAUCUAUAAUGCUGAAAACACAGAAGUCAUUCAAAGCCAGUUUGGCAGUAACAGAGUUGACAGUUGCUAUACAUCAUGUUUUCCAUGCACCUGUCGACAAGAUACUAUGGGAUGCCGUAGAACAAACAUAUGCUCAUAAAAUUCUAACAGGACGGCGGGCCCUCGUACAUACAGUGCAAAGGAAUGGUCUUUCUGUUUCUGCAUCUAGAACGGAGAGUGAAUAUGAUCCAUUUGGGGCAGGUCACGGGUGCAACAGUGUUUCGGCUGGACUUGGGAUGGCAAUUGCACGGGAUAUAAAAGGGAAGCGAGAGCGUAUUGUCACAGUCAUCAGCAAUGGUACAACUAUGGCUGGUCAGGUCUAUGAGGCGAUGGGUAAUGCAGGGUAUUUCGACUCAAAUAUGGUUGUGAUUCUAAAUGAUAGUAGGCAUUCUUUACACCCUAAGAUUGAAGAGGGCCCCAAGACAUCUAUUAGUGCUCUAUCCAGUACCCUCAGUAAGCUCCAGUCAAGUAAAUCCUUUCAGAGGUUUAGAGAAGUUGCUAAGGAUGUUACAAAAAGAAUUGGUAUGCAUGAAUUGGCUGCUAAAGUUGAUGAGUAUGCACGUGGUAUGGUGGGUCCGCUUGGAGCAACACUAUUUGAAGAGCUUGGAUUGUAUUAUAUUGGCCCUGUUGAUGGACACAACAUCGAAGACUUGAUUUGUGUUCUACAACAAGUGGCAUCUUUGAAUUCAAUGGGUCCUGUUUUGAUUCAUGUAAUAACAGAAGAAAAUCGGGGAGUGGAAAACAACCCGAAGAUUGAGGGGGCUUACAAGCAUCCGGAAGGUUUAAGUAGUUCUGCUGAUUUAGCGCCCAGAAUGCACCGUCGAACUUAUAGCGAUUGCUUUGUGGAGGCUUUAGUUACGGAGGCAGAGAAGGACAAAGAUAUAGUGACUGUUCAUGCUGGGAUGCAUAUGGAAACAUCAUUUGAACUAUUCCGUGAAAGAUUUCCUGAUAAGUUUUUUGAUGUGGGAAUGGCUGAGCAACAUGCAGUUACUUUUUCUGCUGGUUUGUCACGUGGGGGGCUGAAGCCAUUUUGCAUAAUCCCUUCUACAUUUCUACAAAGAGCUUAUGAUCAGGUGGUUCAUGAUGUAGAUCGGCAAAGAAUACCAGUGCGUUUUGCCAUAACGAGUGCGGGCUUGGUAGGAUCUGAUGGUCCCAUGCAGUGUGGAGCAUUUGAUAUAACAUUUAUGUCAUGCUUACCCAACAUGAUUGUCAUGGCACCAUCCAAUGAGGAUGAGCUUGCCAACAUGGUGGCCACUGCAGCCAGCAUUGAUGAUCGCCCAGUUUGCUUUCGAUAUCCUAGGGGUGCCAUUGUUGGGAUGGAUCAUUCUAGUUGCAGGGGGAUGCCCAUUGAGAUUGGAAAAGGAAAAAUUCUUGCAGAGGGUAAAGAUGUGGCUUUGCUUGGCUAUGGGUCAAUGGUUCAGAACUGCCUUAAGGCUCGGUCUCUUCUUUCGAAGCUUGGCAUUGAGGUAACUGUUGCUGAUGCGAGGUUCUGCAAGCCCUUAGAUAUCAAGCUUCUUAGACAGCUUUGUGAAAACCAUUCAUUUCUGAUCACGGUUGAGGAAGGGUCUAUUGGAGGAUUUGGAUCGCAUGUUGCACAGUUUUUUUCGCUUGAUGGACAGCUGGAUGGAAAAAUUAAGUGGCGACCAAUUGUUUUACCGGACAACUACAUUGAGCAUGCAUCCCCAAGUGAACAGCUAGCUAUUGCUGGGCUGACUGGACACCACAUAGCUGCAACAGCGUUAAGUUUGCUUGGCCGAAAUCGUGAAGCCCUCCACUUAAUGUGCUAGAGGCCUGCUUUUUCUUUCCUUAGAGGCUGUGCUGCUUAGCAGAAGAAAAGGAAAAUACAGAUUGAAGCUCAAGCAAUGUGUACUCUACACAAGUAUGGUUAACUUGUACAUGUACCAAUAAUUUGUAUAUACCUACGUGUCUGAUAUGUUAAAGUUAAAAGUACUUCCAAUUGCU